AUGCUUUGGAAAAACGGUCGAUAUGCUGUCGCAUUUGCCACGACAGCAGCCUUGAAAACUGGAAAAGAGCCAGACAGUGCAUCGACGGAGCCAGCAAAACCGCAAGACGUGCUCAAUUCUUUGACUGAAUCGGCAGUGCGGCGUUAUAUGAUUCAAAAGGGAAUCCCCGGACUGACUAUUGGGUUAACCUACAAUGGGAAAUUAAUCUACAGUGCGGGGUUCGGAUAUUCGGACGUCGAAACCGGCGGGAAAUGCAAUGGCCAAACGGUGAUGCGGAUCGCAAGCAUUAGCAAACCGAUCACGGCCACCGUAACUGCGCUAUUACUCCGAGAUGGAAAGGUCGAACUCGACAAAUCGAUUCACGUUAGUUUCUCAGCUAUUCAACAAAAACCAGAUCUAGAGCUACAUAUC